GGAAACGACAGGUGCUUGUGGGACAUAUUUAUGACGCCGGCUUCAGGCAAAGGAGUUUGAUAUUGCCACAUGUGAAUGAGCUGCUGACAUUCUCGCACGGCGGAGACUUUGGGAGACCUUGGCAACCUCAACACAUCCAACUUGGGUUGUAAACACAUUCAACAGUAGACUCAACAUGGGGUUCUUUGAUAGACUUGCCCAACUACUUGGACUGAAAAAGAAGGAGGUUAAUGUACUUGUCGUUGGAUUGGACAACUGUGGAAAGACAACAAUAAUCAAUCAGUUGAAACCUGCGGACGCUCAAAACACACACGACAUCGUGCCAACAGUCGGAUUCAAUGUAGAAAAACUGAAGAACAAGAGUCUGCAGUUUACUAUAUUUGACAUGUCAGGGCAGGGUCGCUACCGGAACCUUUGGGAACAUUACUACAAAGAAUGCCAUGGUAUUAUCUUUGUUAUUGACAGUGCAGAUAAACUGAGGAUGGUGGUUGCUAGGGACGAACUGGAUGUACUGCUUCAGCAUCAAGAUAUCCGAAACCGCCGAAUACCUGUGCUCUUUUUUGCCAACAAGAUUGACCUGAGAGAUGCUGUGUCAAGCGUGAAGUGUUCAAGCUUGAUGGGUCUGUCGACUAUCGGAGAUAAACCAUGGCAUAUAUGUGCCAGCAAUGCCCUCACAGGGGAGGGCCUGCAUGAAGGCGUUGAGUGGUUGACAGACCAGAUUAAAGACUUAGUUAUUGGAAAGAAAUGAUCACUGCUACCAGUAUUAAUGAGUACUGUGCAUUGUAGGGACAAUUUGUACAUCAGAUAGACAUAGUUACCAUGGUUACAACUUGCAUAUCAGUUGCUGUUCUCAGCGAAUCCAAUGUUAUCUCAUUCUUUCCAAGGCAUUCGAGCCUAAUGAUGUUGACAGAUGGUACUAACAUUCAACUUUCUAUAUGCCAGAACUUUUUUUCAGGUUAUAGCUAAAACGUCACCGAUUGGCAAAAACGUCACCGUGCCUCAGGCGAAAUCGGCUACUAUUGCCUGGCGAAAACGGCACCCUAUUUUGUUUUUCCCUUGGUUAAAUAAAUGAAAUUAUACUUACAUGGUCGCUUGCAAACACCAAUAAUUGUGAAAUGUUAAAACAAGUUUACAUUAGAAAUUAGCCUCUAUUGCAAUUAUAUUCCAACAUAGCCUAUACGCAACACAACAUAUUGUGAAAACAUAACAUGCCUUGAAGUAAAAUAAAUGAAAUUAAACUCACAUCGUCUCUUACAAACACCAAUAAAAGUGAAAUGUUAAAACAAGUUUACAUUAGGAAUUACUACUCCAAU